AUGCUACGUGGUGUAUUCAACUUCGCACAGUUUGGUGAACAAGGAGCUUUAGCUGCAAGAUUGUAUCCAGCCUGGUCAUCCAGUCCUGUGGAGGCCGUUGUGCAGGUCGAUGGUGUUAAACUGGAUGACUGGAAUAUGGCCAUAAGUCGCCUAAUCACCAAGGACAUAAGUGGAUGCAGACACUCAGCUCCUGCCAGAGGGCAACGGGUCAAACAGGUGGUGACCAAGGAAGUGCAGUCGCUGCUGUGCCUUUUUGACAACAGCAGUCGUGUUGGCGGACCCAGAGAGGUUGUCAGAAAUGUGGGUUCCCAGGAAUCACCAGAUUGUUGUCAGUUUCUGGACCACAUCUCUGUAGGCAGACUCAUCCUCUCCUCAGAUGAGUCCAACCACAGUGGUGUCAUCUGCAAAUUUAAUGAAGGUGUUGGUGGGAUGGGUUGGUGCACAGUCAUAAGUGUAAAAUCAGUAGAUUAUUGGGCUCAGCACGCAGCCUUGUGGGGAGUCGAUGCGUGGAAGCGUGAGGCUGGAAGAAAGAUGGUGGCCAAGCUGAACAGUUUGUGGGUGGUUUGUAAGAAAGUCCUGAAUCCAGGUGCAGUGACUCAGCCUCCUAUGGAGAGCUAUGGCGAUGGCGUCCUCCGUGGACCUCUUUGCUCUGUAUGUACACUGAUGUGGAUCGAAGCAGUCCUCAGAAUCACUCCUUGUGGCUCCGGAGAGAUCUGCCAGGGCGACGGCCAAUGUGUCUUGGAUGCCACGUGCACUGUAACCGGCUCCACUGUCAUCGAUCUUGGCGGUAAAGUUGUCUCUGUCCCGGAUCGCUGUGCGUACACUCUGAUGUCAGAAUCAGGCGUCCACCUGCAGGCCGUCUUCCAGGACCGCCGUCGUAAAGAUGUUAGUUUUUUGGACCAUGUGAUCCUACAUCUGAAUGACUCAGGCGUUAACUUUCACCUGGGACAAGGUGGGAGGGUUCAGCUGAACGACACAAAGCUGAGCCUCAGCAGCACGCCUGUGGAGCAUCAUGGUGUGCAGCUCUCUAAGGACCAAACUGGAGUCACAGCCAAGCUGGUGCACUCCAACUACAACACCUCUAUCUUCUUUGAUGGCUACACAGCACAGAUCCACAUGACAGGACCAAGUGGAAAGACCCUGCAGGGUUUAUGUGGCAACUCCAGCCGGUCUUUGAGUGACAUGAAGGUCUCUGCGUACAGCUCAAGCAGCUGUGAGAAACAGUACAAAGAAGUUCCUGACAGUCAGAUCAACUGCAAGACAGUGACUGAACGCUGUAAUCUCCUGAAGGAGGAUCCCUUCACCUCCUGCCACAAGCGCACCAACCCCGAGCCCUUCAUCACCGCCUGCACCAACACUCUGUGCAAAUACCCAGCAGUGGACGGUCUCAACUGCCAGUUCCUGGAGGCUUACGCCAGAGCCUGCAGCCUGCAAAGCAAAGUCACGCUGGAGGACUGGAGGUCAAAGGCCAGCUGCCCCUCCCCCCGGGCCUUCUGUCAGGACAAGUUCUGCAGUGCUCAUGAGUUCUGUGCUGACGACAUCAGUGGUGGAACCAGCUGCUACUGUCGGGCCAUUUUUGGCUCCAAGUACAGAUCGACAAAAACUUUUGGUGAGCCGACCAUAUGCAGGCACAACUCUGCUUCACUUACUCUGGUUGGUUGUCUCCUGGAGGAAAAAAGCAUCGACUACUCUGUCUUACACCUCAAUGACCCAAACUGCAGAGGUCAGCGGGACAGCAAGACCCACAUGGUGACCUUCAGCUUCGACAGCAGCAACGUCUGUGGGACGGUGGUCAAGGCCAAUAGCAGCAAAAUUAUGUACAAGAACGCCAUCAUGACUCGGGACAGAUCUAAGGAUGGCCCCAUCACUCGUCGUGACCAAGUGAACAUCGACUUUUCCUGCUUCUACAACCAGCCGGACAUCAAGACCUUGGCCUUCAAAAUCAAAGACGGCUCUGUGAUCCAGCAGAUUGUAUCUGGAGCAUGGAAAUACACUCUGACCAUGAAGGCCUACACCGAUGCCGACCGCACUCAAGCUGUGGAGUCCAGCACAGAAAUCCAACUGGAGCAGACCAUCUGGGUGGAGCUGAAGACGGACGGGUUGGAUGACAAACUCGUCGCUGUGGUGACCGACUCCUGUUGGGCGACCAAUGAAGCGUCAUCUAGCGGGAGUCUGAGAUACGACCUGAUCGUUAAGGGCUGUUCGAACCCUGCUGACCAGACGGUGAAGGUGCAGGCUAACGGACUGGGAACAUCCAACUACUUCUCCUUCAACAUGUUCCAGUUCUCUGGGAAGUCUGGUGACGUCUACCUGCACUGCAAACUCAACCUGUGUGUGAAGAAGAAGAACAGCACCUGCGCCCCGAGCUGCAGCGGAGGUAAGAGAGGACGCAGAUCUGUCAGGACUACAUAUGAGGAUGUAAACCCAGCCUUCAUCACCAUGGCCUGGACUAAUUAGGUUGUUUCCAUGGCAACUCGGACGGACUUACAGACUGUCGACCUUCAGCAUGAUUCCAGACUUUUGCUUCAUCCUGAUCAAGAGCCACGUUUCCUGAAAAGAUUAGCUCAGUCGUUAUUGCUAAUGAAGCCACGCUAGCACAAAGCUGUGAUAACUAAACACUCCUGAUCCUCCUCCAGCUUUGAUUGGCCGAUUCAGUCCAGUUUAAAGUUAAGAGUUGAGUUGGUCCAGCAGGAAACAAUCUGCAGCUCACAUGAACUGUGUGAAUGAGGACAUUCAGCCCCCAUCAGCUCUGAGCAUGUUAGCGUGGAUCAUGUGUCAGUAACAAACCUGAGUAAAUCUAUGAUGGAACGUCUCUGCAGAACAUGUUGCUGUGCCUUCCUCAGUGAUUUACACUUUAAAAAGACCAAACAGGCAGCAACAGAACGGUUGAUUUGAAUCAGGUUCAUGUCUUCAUAUCACACAGACUGCACCUCCUUCAUACAGGAUCUCACUGUUCUGUGAUUAUUCAGACCCAAAACAUUGGAGCAACUUUUCUGCAGUUAAGCAUUUUUUAAAUAAUCUACUUAUUGUUACGGUGAAGGCAAACAUAUUAUAACCAAAUUAUUACAUCCUCAGUGCAUCUACACUCCUAAUCACCAUCGUCAAAUAUUAUGACAGGUUACCGUUAACAACGAAGCGAUCUUUCAAAGAAUCAUCUGAGUGCUGAGCAGCUUGUUGUACUUCAACCAAACACUUCAUGGUAACAGUGAUGAGCCAGGAACUGAGAUCAGAGCUGAAACAGCAUUUCCCCUCUGAGAGACAAACCACUUUAAUAACAAGAAUCUCAAUUUACUCUCAAAUAAUGAAAAACAACUGAUGAUUGAUCCAAAGUAACUCAGGGAUGUAGACAUGGAAGGAUUUACGGUGACCAAAGUGAAUGUUUUCUUUCUUGUGUGCACUGACUAAAACAAUGAUGAAUGAAGGGUUUUAAAGGGUUUAAUUCACUACGCCUUACUUUCCAUUUAUUGUGGUUUCUGUAUUAAACUAAUGAAAACUAUCUAAUGGAGUUUUUCCACCAAAAAGAAUGUGCAUCAUCCAAAAAGUCUGAGCAUUGAAGGCUGUCAGAUGUUGUAUCAGAAGUGAAGAAUAGGACACCAGCAUCCUGGUCCAAAAAGCAGGUUUAUUGAUUAUCUGGAAAACCUGAAAAACUCAAACCUGAAUAGAGUUGACCUGGAAGACACAGUGGAUCCAAAGCUCAUGGAGAGGUUGUGCUCUGAAGUGUCAGUAAAGUUUUUCAGAGAAGUAGAGGACAUUUAUUCCAUCCUGAUGGCACUGGUUAGAUAAGAGACAGUCAUGCAUACCAUAGUAUAACCUUCCUCUUUUCUAUUUCUUUUGUAUUUACUCUGGCUUGUUUGUGGUGAACAGCAGCCUGGAGACCAUCAUCAGCUUGUGCCUGUAACAGAAUAUCAGAUCAUUCUCAGUUCAGUCUCAUUUAUGGAGGAAAGUCACUCUUGAGCCCUGAGAGAAGGUUUGCCACAAAAAGGUUUUAAUGUUCAGUCUGAGGGAAAGUCCAUCAACAUGCUGAUUAUCAGUAGAUUCAAGUGAAAUGUUAACUGUGACUUCAACUGAACUAAACAUGUGGCUUUAAUGACACUGAGACCUGCUGUGGUGCUGUUUCAUCUUUAUUAUAUUUUU